UCGGUCAACAAUACUCUUGCCAGUUUCAAUCAAGUCCGUGAAUGUUUUGUGCGCUUUUGUGACGCUUAAAGCUCUCGCGUAAAACACGUGUUUCGAACAUUUUUAGGCGAUUAAGUUUUUCCAUAAGUUUAAAUUCAAAACUACGACAGGAAUCAAGAGAGGAAGGACAAAAGGGACAUUAUCGAGAAGGGAAAGGAGAAUAAUUUAGACCGCUCUGUUGGACAAAAGCGGCAAUUUCUGGAAUAGCUCAACCUUUCCACCUUAUGCCAUGAACCCUAAUGAGCUUAUAUUAUUGUUAUUAGGGAGAGAGAAUGGCUCCUAGCUUCUGGGGUGUCAUGGCAGUAAUUUAGCCGCAGUGGCGGCGCUACAGCACACAACGACGUGUUCUGGCGUAUGUGCGUGCACAAAAGACGUCGCGGUUGCGUGACGACCGUCGCGACGCCAGUCAUCGUCACCGUCCCAACCCUCGACGGUAUGGAAAUCUACGCGCUAAAACCGACUCUUUUGGCCACUGCAGCAUUUCUACUCGCAUUCGUUUCAAAUACUCACACUGCCCACGCUUUAGAUUUAGCAUACUGCGCCUACCCUCUGGGUAUGGAAUCGGGACAUAUUAAGGACUCCAAUAUCUUAGCUAGCUCCACUUACGAUUCUGCAAGUGUUGGACCCCAUUACGGAAGAUUACGCACGAACAAGCACGGCGGAGCGUGGUGCCCCCGGCAAAUGGUUUCGAGGGACGCCAAGGAGUUCUUGGAGAUAAAUUUGGAAGAGUUGCAUGUCAUUAGAGGCGCCAGGACCCAAGGGCGGUAUGGAAACGGUCAAGGGCAGGAGUACGCAGAAGAAUAUAUGCUGGAAUACUGGAGGAGCGGCUUCUCGAAAUGGGUCAGGUGGAAAAAUAGAAAAGGGAAAGAGAGAUUGUCUGGAAACACAGACACGUCGAGUAUUGUAGAUCAAAUAUUGGACCCUCCAAUUAUUGCAUCAAAAAUCAGAUUCGUACCCUAUAGUGACCAUGUUCGGACAGUCUGUAUGAGAGUUGAAGUGGUUGGAUGUAAAUCUGAAGACGGCCUCCUGAGUUAUUCUGGACCGCAAGGCGCCCUUCGAGAUGACCUCAAUUUCACCGACAAGAUGUACGAUGGCAUGCAGGAAAAUGGAUUUUUACGUAACGGACUUGGACAGCUCGUAGAUGGACAAAUAGGACCCGAUAAUUUUAAAGAGGACACAUCUGGACUAGGAAUGGGUUAUGAAUGGGUCGGAUGGCGUAACGAUACGUCCCCAUGGGCAGGACAUCCGUUGGAGAUGCUUUUCGAGUUCGAUAAGGUCCGUAACUUUUCUGCCAUCCAUUUCCAUGUCAACAACUUUUUCUCCAAAGAAGUGCAGAUAUUCUCACAUGCAAAAGCUUUCUUUAGUGUUAGUGGAAAUGUCUUCGGCGCCGAACCGGUGCAUUUCUCAUACAUGCCAGACGUGAUACUCGAACAUGCCAGGAAUGUCACUAUUAAGUUGCAUCAUCGCAUAGGGAGACUCCUCAAAGUACAACUUUAUUUCGCUGCCAGGUGGAUUCUUAUAAGCGAAGUCUCUUUUACUUCAGUUCCCGUAUCAGGAAAUUUCACAGACGUAGAAAAAGACGUGAAAACAAAGGAAUCGGAACAGGAGUACCCUUUGCAAAAAGACCAAAUUGAAACAACGAAUAUCCGAAACAUUCUCCGCGACGUCGAGAAGACGAGCAAAAAAACCGAAACGAGUAAAGAUUCGAGCCAUUAUCUCGGCUUCGUUAUUGGUUUUCUCGUUGUCAUUAUAAUGGUCCUCACGGCGGCCAUUGUUUUUAUUAUUUAUCGGAACAAAAGGCUUAAGAAAUUAGCACUGCAAACGCCCCCAUCCCACGGGGAGACGCGAUUCAAGAAUGAAAGGAAAGACUUUAGCGCAAGCGAUGUCUUUGAAGCUUCCAACUCCAGCAUACUCGCAACGCAACAAAGGGAUUCCAUGGUCCAAUAUGCACAUAUUCCGGACGUUGUAAGUAAAAAUAACUACUUUUCCGACUCUACUUUGGUCAAACCCCUGUUGACAUCUGCCCGAGAUCCACCCCUUCUGCUUGAAAUCUUGCCCCGGCCGCCAUCUGUGCCCCCACCUCCUGACAAAUACGCUUUCGAUCCAGAAUCGAAUCGACUUUUUUCCUCUGAGACAAUGACACCAAUCUCACCUUCGUUAUCGCACACUGGAAAUUACCAAAUGAACCCACAAUAUCUUCUGCGGCUGAACGAUCGCCGUCAUGACAGUCAACAUCUUGAUGACACGGAAUCGCCGGAAGAAGAUGGCGGUGAACCGGUAGCGAUGAUCCCGUGGGAGCAGCUUCGAAUAAUCGAGAAACUGGGAGCGUCUCAAAAUGAAGAGGUACAUCUGUGUGAGUUGACGUGUGACGAAAGAGCAGUUCCGGGUGAUUGUCGGUUAGUGAUAGUGAAUUGUUUGAAAGCUGCUAGUUGGCGAACUACGUUCUUAGCGGAAAUUCGAAAAUUGUCGCGGUUGAAAGAUCUCAACGUCGCCGAACUGCUCGGUGUGUCCCUUCAAACUGAACCGAUCUAUUACGUGCGGGAAUACGGGGACAUGGGGGACCUGUGUCAGUUCCUACAAGAGCACGUAGCUGAAACUACGACUCCUGUCUCAUGCAACGCGAACAAAUUGAGUUAUGGUUGUCUGAUCUACAUGGCAACCCAAGUAGCUUCUGGCAUGAAGUAUUUGGAGUCUGUGGGCGUUGUUCACAAGGACCUGGCGGCAAGAAACUGCCUCGUUGGAAAACGAUACUCAAUUAAAGUGUCCGACAUGGGAAGCAGCCGACACUUAUACAUCGGUGAUUACUGCUGUUUUUUCGACUCGGUACCUUUACCUAUUCGAUGGAUGGCAUGGGAGAGCAUAAUAUUGGGUAAGUUUACGACAAAGAGCGACGUCUGGUCCUUCGCUGUAACCCUCUGGGAAAUUCUUACUUUCGCGCGAGAGCAACCGUUCGAAGAAUUCAGCGACGAAAGGAUUAUUGGGAUUGCCACCUGUUAUUACCGGGACAACGGAAAAUACAAUUUACUUCCGCCCCCGCGGGGGUCAUCCAAGGAAAUCUACGACUUAAUGUGCGAAUGCUGGAAUCGAAACGAUUCGGAUCGGCCAACAUUCCAAGAAAUACAUUUAUUUUUACAACGGAAAAAUUUGGGUUACGACCCUGACCUGCAUUAGAACAAUGUCAUCUAAUUAUUAUUAUUAUUAUUAAUAUGACAAUAAUUGUUAUCUAGCAUGUGAUACUAGCUAAGUUGUAUGAAAUUAUUAUAUUAGGCUACGAAACACUUUUAAAGAUACGGAAUUAUUUAUUUGUACGAUCUCUCAUAACAAUAGGACUUUUCACAGAUCAAAAAGGUCACUGACUAAUCAGUAGAUAAUAAUAUACGCUACCAACACAGUGGUACCAAAUUUUCGUUACACUAUCACACUAUUUUGUUGGCAGCUAAUGGAACAAAACUAGAAGCCAUCUCGAGUGGAGGGGGUUAAUAGAAAAUCGAAACUUGGAGUGGAAAGUCUUCGAUUCCAGACUUCUGUGCAGAAGUUAAAAUUUUUUUUUGUGCGCCGCCGUUAGCAUGUGUCUGACGCCUUAUAGUUGCGCAGUCAAUUACUGCGCAAAGGCCCGAGCUUGACAGACUACCAACACUAUGACAUUCAUUGUAAUUUUAUUGAGUGAAACAAGAUACCAACAAUGCAUUUUUGUCUCGUAGUUUGUUUACGUGACGCAGUGAUCUAGAUCUGUGAAAAGUUCUAUAUAGAUAAGUACUUAAGCGCAUUAUGGAAAUUGUCGAUUUUAACUCGCUGUUGCCUACUAGAUUUCAUAUAAAAGGUUUAAAAUAUAGUAAUAAAGUGUAAUUUCUAAUAUUUGUUGCAAAUUGUUGCAUGUACCUACAAUGUUGAUAAAUGUAGUUGGCUAAGAAAUAUUAAUAACUACGUUAUUUUUUUCGUGCAUUCUAGGAAGAACAAUAUUUAAAAAUAAUAAUAACUAAACCUAAAGAUGCCUAAUUAUUCUAAAAUUAACACACCUAUACCUACUGAAAACAAAACAGUAAGAGUUUUUGUAAUUAUUAGACUAUUUUUUUUCAUAAUUAAGCUGAUUGCUAUUUAUUAACUUGAUUGUUUAUGAGAUUUCUUAAACAUAUAUACAAAACAAGAGUGUUCAAUAAAUUAUACCUAAUACUUAGGCUAAGUGCAAUGUUUAAAAUCCUAUUUUUUUAUUAAAACUUAUAAAUAUGUACGGUAAAACUAAAUUCAAGUAAAAUCUGUCAGUUGUUGCAUUUGAAUUACGAAUAUCUCUGUUUAUGUACGUAAAAUAUUUAGAUACAUAUUUUUUUUUAUUGAAUUUCAAUUAUUUGUACUGUAUCAAUUCAAUGUGCCUUUAGUGUAUUGAACAUUUUCGAAAUAUAAUAAUAGGGUCAUUGAAACACCUACUAAAUAUAACGACAAUUGUACACAUAAAACAAACGGCUUUUUUUAACUAGUUUGUAGAUUGUUUAAAACAAGUUUACUAAAAAAAAAAUGUACCUAUAUUAGGAUGCAAGCUUAUUAUGUACUAUGUGCUGUAUUA